UUAACUAAUUUCAUGACUGAAUGUUGGAGCAGUACGUAGUGUGGAAACAUAUCAGUCAACUUGAACUAUGAUCUCUAAUACUUGUUGAUAUUAUUUCGAUAGAAUUCCAUUAUCUCGUAGUUGAGGUCAUGCACUCAUUACAGGAAAAUUGUUAUUAAUUAUUUGUUAUUUUAUUCAUCAAUCAUUCCAUUGUGACUUUAUUAAUAUUAUCCUCAAUCGUGUUACAGUACAGUAAAACGAGUUAUAAGUUUGUGAAUAAUAUGAAAUGAAGUGUCUAGAAGUUUAUUAUAUAGUGUUAAUUUUAAUAUCAAUAACUCACGAGAACUAUGCUGUAUUCGACCCCAGCAAGAUACCUAGGAAACCCUCAACAACAAAAGAGAAUUUAAGCAGUAAUCGAUCAUCAGAUGCAACGGUUUCAAAAAACAAAAAUGAAGGGAACGUUCGUGAACAACUUCCUUGGAUUUCAAACGAGCAGCAGGUCGCAAGAUCGGGAAAUAACCGGCUGAUAUCAAAUCCAGGCUAUGGAGAUGAAAACAGACAAUACAAUGGUAACAAUUUCGAUAGGAAUCCCGCAGCGGGAAAUACACAAACACCAAAGAGCAACACACCCUACAUCAGCAACCCCUCACAGGUACUCUGCUUUUGCAUAAUUUAUUUAUUUAUUGAUUCAUUGUCACAUUACAACACGUUUUUGAGUUUCACUCAUAUGACUGGUGACAUGUCAGUAUUAAUAAAUCUAAAUGUUAAAAGGGCAUCAGUCAUUUUUGUUUCAUAUUGUGACAUAAUCUGGUUCUUUGAUAUUCGACCUAAUGUUUUGUGUUGAAACGGUAUCAUUCCA